CCACCUUUCUGGGUCAGGUGUCCAGAUAUGUGUGUUCAACUUUUUGCUGCAAUCCCCAGGGCUAGAAACUUACUUUAAAAAAUGCAAGCUGAGAUUCUCACCUAAUAACUUGCCUUCAGGAGCUGGGGAUUUUAGAAAAAUUUCACAUACCACAACAGUUAAUGCAGCAAAGAAUCCUGUAACAACAGUUAAUAACAUAGCUCUUGUCCCAUCUCCAGAAGAUUCACAGGGAAUGAAUAGAACAGGGUAACUUUGAGUGAUCCAUCCCGUCAUCCAGUCCCAGCUUCUGGCAGUUGGAGGUUUAGGGAGACUCAGAGCAUGGAGUCACAUCUCUGACCAUUUUGGCUAAUAGCCUUGAUGGACCUCAUCUCCAUGAACUUAUCUAAUUCUUUUUUGAACCCACUUAUACUUUUGGGCUUUAUAACAUCCUCAGGCAAUGAGUUCCACAAGUUGACUGUGUGUUAUAUGAAGUGCUUCCUUUUGUUUGUUUUAAACCUGCUGCCUAUUAAUUUAAUUGAGUAACCCCUGGUUCUUGUGUCAUGAGAAAGGGUAAAUAACCUCUCUUCAUGGUGAAAACUGACCAUUUCUUCCUACCCUUUGUUUUCUGUCUUUUAACCAGUUACUGAUCCAUUAGAGCAGGGGUCAGCAACCUUUCAGAAGUGGUGUGCCAAGUCUUCAUUUAUUCACUCUAAUUUAAGGUUUUGCGUGCCAGCAAUACAUUUUAAUGUUUGUAGAAGGUCUCUUUCUAUAAGUCUAUAAUAUAUAACUAAACUAUUGUUGUAUGUAAAGUAAAUAAGGUUUUUAAAAUGUUUAAGAAGCUUCAUUUAAAAUUAAAUUAAAAUGCAGAGCCCCCCCGGACCGGUGGCCAGGACCUGGGCAGUGUGAGUGCCGCUGAAAAUCAGCUCGUGUGCCGCCUUCGGCACUCAUGCCAUAGGUUGCCUACCCCUGCAUUAGAGGAUCUUUCAUCUUAUCCCAUGACUGCUUAGUUUGCUUAAGAGCCUUUGGUGAGGGAUUUUGUCAAAGGCUUUCUGAAAGUCCAAGACUAUAUCCACUGGAUCAGCCUUGUCCACAUACUUAUCGACCCCCUCAAAGAAUUCUAGUAGAUUGGUGAGACAUGAUUUCCCUUUACAAAAGCCAUGUGGACUUUUCCCCAGCAUAUUGUGUUUAUCUAUGUGUCUGAUAAUUCUGUUUUUUACUAAAGUUUCAACCAAUAUGCCCAGUACAGAAGUUAAGCUUACUGGCCUCUAAUUGUCAGGAUCUCCUCUGGAACCUUUUUUAAAAAUAGGCAUUACAUUAGCUACCCUCCAGUCAUCUGGUACAGAGGCUGAUUUAAAUGAUAGGUUACAUACCAGUUAGUUGUUCUGCAAUUUAAUAUUUGAGUUCCUUUUAGGAUGACCAGGUAUUCCAAUAGGGACAGUCCCGAUUUUUUGAUCUUUUUCUUAUAUAAGCUCAUAUUACCCCCACCCCCAUCCCGAUUUUUCACAUUUGCUGUCUGGUCACCCUAGUUUCUUUAGAACUCUUGGCUGAAUACCAUCUGGUCCUGGUGAUGUAUUAUUGUUUAAUUUACCAAUUCAUUCCAAAACCUCCUCUAUUGACAUCUCAAUCUGGGACACUUUCUCAGAUUUGUCACCUGAAAAGAAUGGCUCAGAUGUGGGAAUCUCCCCCAUAUCCUCUGCAAUGAAGACUGAUGCAAAUAAUUCAUUUAGCUUCUCAGCAACGGCUUUGUCUUCCUGGAUUGCUCCUUUAGCACCUUUUUCACCCAGUAGCCCUGCUAACUGUUUGGCAGGCUUUCUGCUUCUGAUGUACUUAAAAAACAUUUUGCUAUUACUUUUUGUGUCCUUAGAUAGAUGCUCUUCAUUUCUUGGCCUGCUUUAUUACACUUUUACACUUGACUUGCCUGAAUUUAUGCUCCUUAUAUUUUCCUCGGUAGGAUUUGAUUUCCAAUUUUUAAAGGAUGCUUUUUUGCCUUUAACUGCCUCUUUUAUGCUGCAUCUUUCAGUCUUCUUACUGUUUGUUUGUUUGUUUUUAAUUGUGGGGUAUGCAUUUAGUUUGAGUCUCUAAUAUGGUGUUUUUAAAUAGUCUCCAUGCAAUUUGCAGGCAGUUCACCCAUGUGACUGCUUCUUUUAAUUUCCAUUUAACUUGGUUUCUUAUUUUUGUAUCGUUCAGAGAAUAUAAGCUACGCACACUGAUAACCAAAGCCACUAUAUACUCGCAUUGCUGUAACCCUUCUCUCUUCCCCCAAUAUUCAGUACCUUCCUUGUGAAGUCGUGAUAAAGGGCCCAAUCCUGGAAACCUGUGCUCGUGGGAUUACUUAUGUGAAUAAGGGGGUUGCAGAAGUGGCCCCUUUGCACCCAAUUGUACUCCCAUUUCAGUCAAUAGGGAUGUUCCCACUGACUUCAAUAAGAGCAUGAUUGGGCCCUCAUGCUAGUACGUGCUACCCUGGUGUACACUACCUUUAAUGCAGUGACUGCAGAUUUACAUAGGUGUAAAUGAAAUCCAGCUUUGCCCUUUGGUCUCCUUUCUGUGUGGAAGGCAUCAUGCACCUUAUGUCAGCGUGUAAAUAACAAUAAAAUCCUGCCUGGCUAUGUGCGGUUUCCACAGCCACACCUCUGGCAAAUAAGGUUUGAGUUUAACCCUGUAAUGAUGACUGUGAUGGUCUAUACUUCAACCCUCCUAUAACUACCUUUUGCCAUCCAGAACUGGCUUCCUACUCCAUUUUCUACGGAUCAAACUCAGGCCUGCAAAGCAAAUGUGAAUAGCAUCACAAGAGGUAGUAAUCUUUCUGCAGCUGUAACCGCAGGAGCAAACCAGGAAAUGCAGCAAAUGCAGCAUUUGCUUAUUUCUUACAUCCUAUUCUGGACUGGUACAGCUAAGAGCACAGUUUAUUAUGCUAAUUAUCAGGCAUUUCCAUUCUGUUGGGGUGUUCUUCACUCACAAUGAUCUGGAAAAGUUCUGGAUGUUCAUAUGUCACUGAGUAGCAUCAAACCAUGCUUGGAUGAGUUAUUAGUGGAGAGGGAUGGCCUAAGGUGAACCCAGAUCUAUUUCCUCCUCCUUAAAACUCUCCCCCGCUGUCAGCCUAUGACCAGCUACCAGUGAGUGGGCAAGUGGUGCGAUGAAACUGCUGUGUAUCAUGGAUAACUUCUUGCUCCUUUCACUGUCACCUCAUCUUCCCUUCACCCCUCCUCCCUAUUUGUUUUGCUUAUCUACCUGUUGUGUCUGAUUACCAAGACUGGUAUCUCAAUUGUGGCUGACCUUUUAUUGUAUGUCUGUGCAGCGCUUAGCGUAAUGAGGCCUUAAUCCUUGAUUGGUUCCCCUGGAUGAUGAUAGACUAUAGAUAAUACAGGUGAUGAUAUCAUAAUACUCUGAGUGACAUCAUCCCUGAAGCAAUGAUGUCACAGUGCAGAAGAAACCACGUCUUUAUCAAGAUUCCACAGCAGAGAAGAUCUGUGCCAAUCUACUCAGCAAGAUGCUCCUCCCAGUGGCUUUCUAGGAGUAAGUCACAAACCCACUACGGGAUUUGGGCUGAAUUUUGGGAUGGGGAAAUAGUGAAGAUCCCGUAUAGGCUACACAUGCCAUUGAAUGGAAGCGGGAAAGCCCUGGUAGGGGCUAUUUGGGAUCAAGCCCAAAAAGGAGGGGUUGGGGGAAGGCUGUUUAGAAGGGAGGUAGGUCCCCUGGUGAUGUUGGCCUCGACUGGAGGGAUGAAAUGGUUCAGAUUUGGGGAUAAAUUGCUGCGUCCACCUUGUCUUGUGUUCACCCUCCUCUUGCGUCCACAGAGGAAGUGAGCUGAGCAGCACCGGCAGAGAGAAUGCUUCGUUUGAUCAGCACUAGACUGAGUGCCAGCUGGAGGAGGCAGCUUUGGGCACAAGCUCUGGCUACGCCCCCCUUCAGGCUGACAUCGCCUCCAUACUAUAUAACACAUCAAAAAGAGGAAUACUCAAGUCAAGCAAACAAGGAAUCCACAUCCUUUGUCAUGAACCUGUUCAAUGGGCAGUUUGUACCUGACAAUGUUUUUCCUUUCCCCUCAGUGCUCUCAAUGGAGCAGAUGCAGUCCCUGCAAGCCCUGGUAGAUCCCUGCACCCGCUUCUUCGAGGAGGUUAAUGAUCCUGCGGAGAACGAGAAACUGGAGAGCAUUGAGACAGCCACCCUGGAAGGGCUGAAGGAGAUGGGAGCCUUUGGGCUCCAGGUUCCUGAGGAGCUGGGGGGAAUUGGGCUGACGAACACCCAGUAUGCUUGGGUUGUGGAGGUGGUUGGAGUGCACGACCUUGGUGUGGGCAUUAGCCUCGGUGCUCAUCAGUCAAUCGGCUUUAAGGGAAUCCUGCUCUUUGGGACCCAGAGUCAGAAGGAGAAAUACCUGCCCAAACUAGCUUCUGGGGAGACCAUGGCUGCCUUCUGCCUGACAGAGCCAUCUAGUGGCUCAGACGCGGCGUCUAUUAAAACCCUCGCUGAGCUCAGCACGUGUGGGAAAUUCUACACGCUGAACGGUGGGAAAAUAUGGAUCAGUAAUGGAGGGACAGCUGAGAUCUUCACAGUGUUCGCCAAGACCCCAGUAAAGGAGCCAACAGGGGAAGUGAAGGACAAAAUCUCAGCCUUCAUUGUGGAGAGAGCGUUCGGGGGAGUGACCAGUGGCCCCCCGGAGAAGAAGAUGGGGAUCAAGUGUUCCAAUACAGCUGAAGUGCACUUUGAUAACGUGAAGGUGCCAGCAGAAAAUCUGCUUGGGGAGCUCGGAAAAGGCUUCAUGGUCGCCGUGAGCAUAUUGAACAAUGGGCGCUUUGGGAUGGCCUCCGCCCUGGCAGGCACCAUGCGUGGAGUAAUCGUCAAAGCUGUUGAUCAUGCUGCUAAUCGUAAGCAGUUUGGAGACAAGAUCAGCAACUAUGGGGCUAUUCAGGAGAAGAUUGCACGGAUGGCCAUGCUCCACUAUGUUACAGAGUCGAUGGCCUACGUGGUGAGCGCCAACAUGGACAUGAAGGUGCCCGAUUACAAGCUUGAAGCUUCAAUCAGCAAGAUUUUUGCCUCAGAAACUGGUGUUGAAAGAGUCUUGAGGGACCUGAGGAUUUUCCGCAUUUUUGAGGGCACCAAUGAUAUCCUUCGCUUGUUUGUGGCACUGACGGGCAUUGAGUAUGCUGGGGUCCAGUUAAAGAAUCUGCGAACAACUAUCAUGAAUCCAUCAGGGAAAACUGAGACCAUCCUAAAAGACAUCGGGAUGAGAGCAAAGCGUAAAGUUGGGAUUCCCACUGGCUUGUCUCUGGAGGGAAUCGUUCACCCAGGCCUGGACAACAGUGCAUACCUGGUGACGAAGGCCAUUGACUUGUUUGGUGAAGCAGUUGAGAGCCUCCUGCUGAAGUACGGCGAGAAGGUGAUAGACCAACAGUUUCAUCUGAAACGCGUGGCCGACGCUGCCAUUGAUAUCUAUGCCAUGGCUGUGGUGAUCUCCAGGGCCAGCCGCUCUCUGUCUCUGGGACAACCCACUGCUGAGCACGAGAAGCUCUUGUGUCAAACAUGGAGCCAUGAGGCAUUUGAGCGAGUGAGAGAGAAUCUCCGAGCAGUGAAAUCUUCUACGUGGAAUCAGUCCUUUGCUAACAUGAAGCUAAUAUCUAAUGCUGUUGUACAGAACCAAGGGAUCCUAGCCACCCACCCUCUGGGCUUCUGAACAGAAAUGGUGCUUUGGUUGACAAUGAGCAACAGCUACCAAUCCUAUUAUAUAGAAAAAUAUUACAUUACACGCUGUUUGCUUCUGUCUAGUCCUGGCUGUGAGAAAACCAAUACUGUGUCACAGCGUCACUGCAUGCAGGCUGCAGCAAGGGGCCAUGCGUCAGUCCCGCUCUCUGAGAACCCUGAGCAUGUGGACAUAAAGCCCCUCCCCUGUGGGUUGUUGGGGCAGCCUGCAUACAUACCAGCUCCCCCCUGCUCCUCCGUCCUGGUCAAGGAGAUUAAUUUGGGCCACAUGGGUUCCAGCUGAGAGCAAGUGUUAACUGCCUCUUGCCUGCACCCUUCUAGCCUGCUCCAGGGGGUCCCAUUGAGGCCUUUGCUGGGGGACAGAGAAGGUCACCCCAAGGUGCUCUGAGCCAUGGCUGCUAGCGCCCUCCAUUGUGUCCCUAGUUCUCUGGGGGAAGAAGAGAGGAUCCUGGCUAAGACAGUGCACAGACUCCUGGCCAUCUCCCCGCUCUCCUGCCUCGUCCAUCACCGAGUCCUGCUGUCGGGUGAGCCUGGGGGUGUCGUGACCUUUGGCUGAGGGUUUUACUGACCCUAGCGCAGGGGACUGUGAGCUUCUCACGGUCUUUACAUGCCAUGUGAGAUGAGCUCUGGUUUGGUAGGCUGGGAUCUCACUAAGGGGCUGACUCAGCCCCACAUCUCUGAGUCCAGGCAGGUGCCUUCUCCAGCCAGGGCUGCCUGCAGCGUAGGAUUGCACGGGCAUGCUAGCCCUGGGGGCCAGUCUCUGUGGCUGUCUCUUGGGGAAACGCUGCCAGCCGCCUGCAGCUCAUGCAGAGACUAGAUUCUGCCUGCUUGUGGGCUGAUGCAAGGGGAAAGUCCAGGCAAGCAGAACUUGGCAGGGCUAGCUUAGGUCACGUGUGGUGGAUGUGGGCCCCGGGGCUGCCAGGGGAGCUGGAAACAAAAGGGCUGGUAUUCUGGAAGCCCAUGUUCUCCAGUGUCUGGUGGCACAUCCCUGCAGCCAUCAGCCUGCAGGCCCUGGGGGCGCAGCCCAGUGACUCUGUGAGGCACACGUCACUUGGGGCAUGUGCACUGGGCUUUGCUCACAGAAGGCUGCAUGGUAUCAGCUGUGGGAACGUUGAGCACUGCUAAGAGGCUGCUGCAUUUCCAUGAUGGCUGGGACAAGCCCUGCUUCUGAUGCAUGUUGAGGGCUUGGUCCUCUUUGGCUGACGUGAGCUGUGCACCCAGCCCCAGGUGCCAGGAGUAGCUGGGGCCCUGGUGACCGAAUUCAGCAGAGCUGAUUUAGGUCAGAUAUUAAU